AUGGAAGCUUUAUUCUUUAACAUAAAUGAUGGUUACUUGGAAGGUAUUGUGAGAGGAUAUAAGAGUGCUAUACUCACUUCAAAUCACUACAUUAACUUGACGCAAUGCGAAACUCUUGACGAUCUAAAGCUUCAAUUAAGUGCUACGGAUUAUGGUAACUUUUUAGCUAAUGAGCCUUCUCCUAUUGCUACUUCAACUAUACAUGAAAAAGCGACACAGAAAUUAGUCGAUGAAUUUAAGUACGUUCGUACUUUGCAUGAACGUGAUACUCAUGAAUUGCUUGAGCGAUGUCAUCCACUUGGAGUGUUUGAUUCUAUGCCUGCAUUAUGUGUUGCAACUAAUGUAGCAGAAUUGUAUGAUACUGUGUUAGUGGAAACUCCUCUUGAAAUCACAUUAUUAGCUCCAUAUUUCAAAAAUUGUCUUUCGGCAAAUGAUCUGGAUGAAUUAAACAUUGAAAUUAUUCGUAAUACGCUUUAUAAGGCGUACCUUGAAGAUUUUUAUAGGUAUUGCAAAAGUAUUGGUGGCGCAACGGGACAAAUGAUGAGUGAAAUUUUAGAGUUUGAAGCUGACCGUCGAACCAUUAAUAUUACGAUAAACUCUUUUGGCACAGAAUUAUCAAGGGAUGAUCGUGCAAAAUUGUUUCCUAGUCUAGGAAGAUUGUAUCCUGACGGACAUGCCAAACUUGCAAGGGCGGAUGAAGUUGAACAUGUUAAGAAUGUCGUUGAGGUUUGGGUGGAAUACCGUCCCUUUUUUGAUAAUAGUCUGACAUCCUUUGGUGGUGCUGCUACAAGCGAAGCAAAGACACUUGAUGACAGAUUCUUUGAGCAUGAAGUUCAUUUGAACAAGCUUACAUUCCAACAACAUUUUCAUUAUGCAAUAUUUUAUGCAUUUUUGAAACUUAAAGAACAAGAAAUUAGGAACAUUGUAUGGAUUGCUGAAUGUAUUGGCCAAGGACAAAAAGAAAGGAAACAACCGCCAGUUUCCGAGACCACGAGAAAAUUUGUCCCAAAUUUCGUUAUGGAAUCAAUAGAGACUACCACUAAGGAUCCUGCAAAGAUUUAUGCGGCCAAAGUAAAAGACAAGGUGUUGCUUCUUGAUAAUCCGUUGAAAAGCUCUAAUGAGAAGAAGAAGAGAAUGUUGCUGAAAAAGAAAUUCAAAGCGAUGAGUGCGAAAGAAAAGAAACAAACGAAGAUUUAUGAAAUUCCAAAAGAAUGUCACAAAUAUGCAAUUUUUAUUCCUUUACAUGAGCUUUGGCUUCAAUAUAUUGAAGAGCUAUAUGGGAAAUCAAAUCCUAAUAGUUUUGCUCAAAAAUUAUUGAGAGCUGAUUUUCACGGAGCGAUUCUUACAGUCUCUAAAUCAAAAUGCGCAUCUUAUGUUGGAGUUACAGGAAUUGCUAUCCAAGAAACAGAGAAUAUGUUCAAGAUAAUUGCAAAAAAUGAUAACAUGAAAUGUAUUCCGAAAGGGCAUAGUAUUUUCACAUUUCAACUUCGUGAUCAUAUUUAUAUUUUGUACGGUGACCAAUUUCGAUACAGGUCAGCAACGAGAGUUACAAAAAAAUUCAAGAAUAAACCGUCGAUAGACUUAUGA